UCAUGGCCCGCCAGGAGCUAUACGAAAUUUCAUUAUUGGCUCACCCGGCCUAUGCGAAAUUUCCAUGUUGACUCACCCGGCCUAUGCGAAACUUCUUCGUUGACUCACCCAAGCUAUGUGAAAUUUCAUUGUUGAUUUACGCAACUGCCGACACCUUGAACCAAGCCAUUGCAAGCCAUCUUGAUUCGACGAAGCCACCUGCCUCUUCCCGAUCCCGUCUUCUACCUCUAGAAACCAGCUGAACUGCCCUCAAGCUUCACCAUGCCGACAAUCCACCUACUUGACUACGUUGCCGGCAACGUACGGUCGCUCGUCAAUGCCAUCGAGAAGACGGGUUAUACCGUCGCGUGGAUCACCUCACCAGAACAAGUCCCCAAUGCCGAGAAGCUGAUCCUCCCGGGUGUGGGCCAUUUCGGCCACUGCAUGUCGCAACUCGACUCUGCCGGGUACCUGCCCGCCAUCCGCGCUCACAUCAAUGCCGGCAAGCCAUUCAUGGGAAUCUGCGUCGGCUUGCAAGCGCUGUUCGAAGGGUCGGCUGAGGACGCGUCCGUACCUGGAAUGGGAAUUAUAAAAGGGUCGCUAGACCGAUUUGACGACACAUAUAAAUCGGUGCCACACAUUGGCUGGAACAGCGCCAAUACCAGUAGCAAGAGUUUAUACGACCUACGACCGACGAGCAAAUACUAUUACGUGCACAGCUAUAAAUGUCCAUACGUCAAGGGCGAGCUAGAGGACCAAGGCUGGACGGUCGCGACGGGGACAUACGGGGGCGAAACCUUCGUUGGUGCCGUGGCGCGUAACAACAUAAUAGCAACACAAUUUCAUCCCGAAAAGAGCGGCGUCGCAGGGCUGAGAGUAUUACGAGCUUUCCUGACGGGCGAGGGGUCGAAAUCGCUGGGACAACAAGUGACAGGCCCCGCACCAACGGGCGGCCUCACCCGGCGUGUUAUAGCCUGCCUCGACGUCCGAACGAACGACCAAGGCGAUCUCGUCGUAACAAAAGGAGACCAAUAUGAUGUACGAGAGAAGGAAUCUGGCAAUGCUGUUCGGAACCUGGGAAAGCCAGUCGAGCUAGCAAAGAGAUACUACGAGCAAGGCGCGGAUGAGGUCACCUUCCUCAACAUCACGAGUUUCCGCGACUGUCCACUAGCUGACGCGCCCAUGCUGGAGAUUCUGCGACGCACAUCCGAGACGGUCUUCGUACCACUGACAGUAGGUGGUGGGAUCCGCGACACUGUCGAUACGGACGGUACCAAGGUAUCUGCGCUUGAGAUUGCCACCAUGUACUUCAAGAGCGGGGCAGACAAGGUCAGCAUAGGUAGUGAUGCCGUGCUGGCUGCCGAGGAAUACUACGCUGUGGGCCAGAGACUAUUCGGAAACACUGCCAUUGAGCAGAUUUCCAAGGCAUACGGAAACCAGGCCGUAGUCGUCAGCGUCGACCCCAAGCGUGUAUACGUACCCAAAGUUGAUGCGACGCGGCAUGCCACAAUUAAGACGGCGUUCCCGGGACCGAAGGGGGAGGGGUUUUGCUGGUACGCGUGUACCAUCAAGGGCGGGCGCGAGACGCGGGACAUGGACGCAGUCGAGCUGGUGCAAGCCGUUGAAGCGAUGGGGGCCGGCGAGAUUCUGCUCAACUGCAUAGACAAGGACGGCACCAACAGCGGCUUUGAUCUCGAGCUCAUCACCCAGGUGAAGAACGCUGUCAGGAUACCGGUCAUUGCAUCGAGUGGUGCCGGCAACCCGGCCCACUUCGAGACGGUCUUCCAGAAGACCACGACGGAUGCCGCAGUGGGAGCUGGCAUAUUCCACCGCGAGGAGUAUACUGUGAAGCAGGUCAAGGACCACCUGGCCGAACAGGGACUGGAGGUAAGGCAGUUCGAGGGCGAAUUAUAGAAAUAAAGAGAGGUCUUAUUGGACCUGCAAGACCACUACACCAAAACUACCAGCCUUGGAAGGACAUACGUCCACCACCCAUGGUACCACACAAGUCCUGCCUGUGGGAC